CUAGGGCUAGGGUUUUAGGGUUUUCUUCUUCUUCUUGCCUUUAUAUACAAACGCCGAAUCCAUUUUCAGCGCCUCAUUUACAGUUGCUGCACUCCAGAUUUGCUUCUCCACCUCUCUCCACUCUGUAAAUCAAAGAUUUCAAUCGAAGAACCUCGUUAAUCCGAACGCAAGAUGUCUGGAGAAGAGCCUGUUGUAGUUGAGACCCCAGCUCCCGCCCCAAUUCUGGGCGAGCCAAUGGAUAUUAUGACAGCUUUGCAGCUUGUGUUGAAGAAGUCUUUGGCUCAUGGUGGUCUUGUUAAGGGCCUCCACGCAUGUGCAAAGGCUAUCGAGAAGCAUUCAGCUCAGCUCUGUGUGUUGGCUGAGGACUGCAACCAGCCCGAUUACGUUAAAUUGGUUAAGGCUCUGUGCGCUGACCACAAUUGCAACCUAAUCACUGUUCCGAGUGCCAAGACUCUUGGCGAAUGGGCUGGUUUGUGCAAGAUUGAUUCCGAGGGGAAGGCCAGGAAGGUUGUCGGAGCCUCUUGCCUUGUCUUGACGGAUUUUGGUGAGGAAAGUGAAGGUCUCCACAUCGUGCAAGAGUACGUCAAGUCUCACUGAGGGGGAUUAGAGCAUUGCAAUGAAGCUAUCCAAGAUGUUCUAGGCAAUAGAAAGUCCCUUUUAUUUAUUAUGCUUUUUCUAAAUUUUCCAUGCGAAAUUUUUGAUCUUGUUGAUGGACCAUUCAGUCGUUGGAUUAUCUGAUUUAAGUGCCUGUUUGUUGGUAUAUUAAAUUAACGACGAAUUUGAUAUUUUGUGUUCGUGUU